AUGGACAGUGAGGAAGGAGAUUCAGAUCAAACACCAAUCCUGAAUAACAUGGACUCCUCAGUAAAUUUAUCAUCCAAUUCAAUCUCACUGCUACGUGAAGGUGAGUCAGUGAAAGAAAAGGCUUUAAAUGCAGAUGCCGACGCGCCACAAGAAGUUCGAGCUGGUGACGAGACCCACAGUCGUCUCAAGUUUUUCAUUCGCUUGCUGAUAUAUUCUCCGUUGAAAUUCAAACUCGGCUCCCUAUGGAUCAGUCUGCCGCAUUUCUUUUUACUGGUGGCACACGUCCUUAAACUUGUGCUGAUUACUAUUCUAGUCUUUAAGGUCGGUGAAUGUCGGGCCCGACUGAGCGCGGUCGUGUUGCACGGACAGACAGCUUUGAGGCACAUCUUGCUGCUACAGUGGGACGCAAGCUAUGAAACACUUCCGUACCCACCGUCUAUAGGAGUUUUUGCCGCAUAUGAUAUAGACGAUUUCAAAAGCAGAAUCAACUACGGUGUCGCUCAGAUACAACUCUCCGGCAGCACGAAGCGAAUGUUCAAUGAUCUGUCGUACCUUAGACGCUGGUGGAUCGUCCCGUCUAUCAUAGGAGACGCAUUCGCAAUUGCAGGGACUUCCAACAUCAUCCAGGAAUUUACAAAACAGCUACAGACGUUUGAUAAAAUGGCGGUGCACAUCGGUUAUGGGUGUUUGCUGGCCUGGAUCUGCGUGAUGCGAUACCUCAAAGUACACGUCAAGGUCUCGUUGUUGUUCCACAUCCUCUACUAUGCAAAAUGGAACGUCUUAGCCUUUUUGGUCUGCGCAUCCAUACUCUUUGUCGGCUACUUGUUUUGCGCCUACGUGGCUUUAGGCGUGUAUCACUUCAAGUUUCAAAACAUUGGAAUGUCGGCGGACGCGCUGUUCGCUUUGACCCAGGGUGAUGACGUGUUCGCCACAUUCAGUGGCAUGAGCAAGAACGCCGUCGGGGAUCCCGGAUAUGUGCAGACUAGUCUGCGCAUCCUCGCUUGCAGCUUCAUCAUCCUCUUCACGAUCAUUAUCCUGAACCUUCUCAUUGCCCUCUUCAACAGCGCCUAUGAAAUCAUCAUGAAAAAAGAAAACGGCGAGGUCUUGAAUAGUAACAUUACGAGAUUUGAGAGAGUGUUUUACCGGUACAUCAGCCUGACAGAAAAUGGCGACAUGAAGGAAUUUGGAGAAUUUGCUUCAACAGCUUGAUCAGGAGACCGACGUAAAUCACCUGUUUUCAGUAACCGGACAAAUGGGACUUGAGUAUAAAAACAUCAAGGCGAAAAUGGACACAAUUUGCAUGUUUGAUUUUCUUAACGGCGACUAUAUGCGCGCACAUUCUGGAGUAACGCAUAGCAACAGCAAACGAUGCUGUUGCAUGAAAUUACGAUGGAGAGUUACGAAUGUUGUAUUCUUAAGGUUUUGGCUUGAAGACAACAAACAACCAUCCAAUUUGGAUAUUACUGAUAUAUGCUCUAUUGCUCCUACAAGUUUGGGCAAUCAAAAUCAAAACACACAAUGAAUUAAACUGCUAUUACCGUCUUGAAAACACUGAAAACAAGAACGUAAAUAUGUUUUAAAUUAUUCAAGAACAAUAAAGUUUAAUGUUCGUAUAUUAAUAAAGUGUGUAUAUAAAAGCC